UGACCAUCUACCUGCGGUAUCGCCUUCGAUAAGGUAGUUGGCAUCACAGGAGGACCGGUAAUAUCACCGGGAACCCGUCAUAUGUGUUACGCAACUAUCCUUUGCACUACUCGUAUCUGUAUAUUUAUCCUCAAAUCUAAGGCACAAUGGCUUCCACCACUGAAAUCGAUCCUCUUCUUCCUCAUAAUGAGCCUGCCCCAGAAAUCCAAGGACAUGGCUUUUCGAGGUAUCAUGGCUACGCCGGAAUACAAGCUCAAGAGCACGAACCAGAAGUGAAGAGAUGGCCAGAUGAUGGUGAUGAACAAGAUGACGCACGGUCGGUCACGACGAGAGCUGCCCGCUCUGCCUCGGAGGGAAUUGGACUCCUCUUCAUGAUGAUUGUCUUCUUCAUGGUAGUACUCGCCGUGCUCAGACCGAAAUUCGGGGACGAGAAGAAACCGUUACCACUACCCACGAAGCCUCCUCAGACGAUCGCGGACAGAGUGUCUAAUAUCCUCAGUCAUACUCCUCUCAUAGAUGGCCACAAUGACCUGGCCAUCUUUAUCCGAUUUGCAUAUCAAAAUAAAUUACAUACCAAAGAAUUCAAAGACAAAUUCGAGAACGGGGGAAUGGAGAUGAAUGUUGAUUUACCGAGACUGCAAGCAGGUCAAGUAGGAGGUUCGUUUUGGAGCGCCUUUGUUGGUUGUCCAGACGAUGCCAGUGUUGAUUUCUCGGACGAGACAUAUGCCACGGCUGUUGCACAUACUCUGUCGCAAAUCGACCUCGUCCGACGAAUCCAGGAUGAGUACCCCGACAACUUCACGUCUGCGACACUCCCUCUCUCAGUGGCUCUGAACAACUUCCAUGCCACAAAAUCCCUGAUUUCGCCAAUAAGUAUUGAAGGACUACAUCAAGUCCCCCAGUCUGCUCCUCUGUCGACACUCCGGCUGUACUAUGCCUUGGGUGUCCGUGCAGCAACACUUACAUGGAAUUGUCAUAACGCAUUCGCAGACGCUGCGCUCAUCACUUCAAAGCGGGAGACGAAGGUUGCUCCAUACCACCGCGGCGGAUUGACACCUGCUGGUAGACAGGUUGUUCACGAAAUGAACCGUCUCGGCAUGCUGGUAGACAUUUCCCACACGUCAUAUUGGACUCAGAAAGCCGUGCUGAGCAACAAGACCUCCGCAGCUCCCGUUAUUUUCUCUCAUUCGUCAGCAUUUGCCUUGUGCCCUCAUCCGCGAAACGUCCACGAUGAUAUCCUGGAUCUGGUGAAAGAGACUGAGAGCCUGGUGAUGAUCAAUUUCUCACCCGGUUUCAUCUCAUGCCUACCCCCACCAAAUUCGAGUGUAAUUCCGGAAUUUUACGAAAAGAACAACACAUUGCACCAGGUCGCUAGACACAUUGUCUACGUUGGUGACAAGAUCGGUUAUGACUAUGUCGGACUCGGCAGUGAUUUUGAUGGUAUGGGAGAGCUCACUCCAGAAGGCCUGGAUGGAGUGGACAAGUACCCCAACCUAAUUGCCGAACUGUUGAAGAUGGGUGUCAGUGAUAAGGAUGCUGGUAAAGUGGCUGGCGGUAAUCUCCUGCGUGUCUGGCAGACUGCCAACGGGGUUGCGAAAAGGCUUCAGAAAACCACCCCGGAGGGCGAGGACGAGGUGAGUGGGUGGUGAAGACUUUCUCUACUCGGUACUGGAAUAAUGCAUCGGCAUCGGCAGUCCAACGUAUCCUGAUUAUGAAAUGCAUCGAUCUUCCUGAUGCACCUUCAUCUUUGGAUGGAUCCAUCCAACUAUGUUAAAAAAACUAAUUGAAGCCCCGCCUUAAAAGCUAGGCCCACAGUGUAUUUUACACGCACACUGCACAAAAAGAGGGAGACCGGAUUCUGUGAAGAAAGAAACAACCAAAAAAAGAAUCGAGUCUCUUCGACGGGGAAUUGACUGGAGUACUGAUUAGUCCAAUGUCUGGAGUUGAAAGCAGGAGGAGAAAACCUACACCCCGGGCUUCGGCGUGACAAGCCGAGAUGUUACUACAUGCACGGUUAGGAUCUGACACAAACGACAGAAGAACGAAUUCUACGAACCCACUACACCAUCGAAGAAGAUGAAAUCUGUGUGCUUGAUUUGGUGGCAUAAUUUGACCUGUCUGGUAUAUCAAGAUACGGCUCACUAAUGCUUCGCUAGUUGGAUAACUUUAGUGGGUGUGAGUAAACCUAUUUGCCUAGCUUGUCGAGGGGUGG